AUGACUUCGGAAGUAUUGGCGAGUGGUGGAAGUGAAAUUCGAGAGAAUUUGGUCACAACAGCUGUAAAGUUCCUCUCAAAUCCAAAUGUACAACGAUGCACAAUGGAAAGCAAAGAACGUUUUCUUCGAGCUAAGGGCCUAACUGAUUUGGAAAUAAAGAGAGCUAUAGAGAAUUGUAGUGAUUUAGUAGACAUGUCAAAUUUUACAUCAGAGCUGCGUUUUUUUCAAAAUUCACAACAUUCUUGGUUUAAAGAAAAAAUAUUACCAUUAAUUAUUUAUGGAGGAUUUGCUUAUGGGUGCUACUGGUUUUACAAGAACUGCAUUAAACAAUUACUAUUCAUAGAACAACCAAAGCGUAAGUCCACGUCGGAAUGUAUAGAUGAAUUACGCAAAUCUUUAGAUAUAAUGAAUGCGAGUAUCACCUCACUUCGGGGUGAGAUGCAGGCGACCGUACAACAGAAUGCAAUGCGGUCACAGCUCGAUAAUUUAAAAGAUGAUAUUGCGUCAGUCAAGGGCAUCUUGUUGAGCAGGAACCAAUUCCCUUCACUGAAGAGAACUGAACCGCCAUCCAUCCCGGCGUGGCAGCGCCAAUCGGAAGAGGCAUCAACCGUUGAGCCAGAAGUGAAGAAGCCGCACAGGACUCGAAGCCAAAGAUCUGAGUCCGGCGGCUCUAACUCAAGCGAGGGUGAACAGGCUACUAAAAAUAGUGAUAGCAGUCUUGAGAUCAUGUAA